AUGUCGACCCGCAAGAUGGCCAUGACCGACGAGACCGACCACAGUGGCGGGGUCAUUCUGGAUGGCCCUUUCGACCCAGAUGCCCAGGCCACUGUCACUGACUACAUUGACUACACGGAAUACCUCCCCGCCGAUCUCAUCCGCUCCCUCACGUUGAUACGCGGUCUGGAUGAGCGCUACCUCCACUCGGCGCAUUCUGUGGACUCCCUGACGAAUACAUACGGCCAACUACCAGACCUUCCGCCCGAUGAGCAACCGAGCGCUAUCGCUCUGCGCAGGGAUAUAUCACACCAGCUUGAUCGCGCGAUCAAUGCGCGCGAGUCCGCAUAUGCGGAAGCAUGCCGCCUCUACGAUGUGAUCGAUCGCCACUUCGACCGGUUGAGCUGUAUCAGGCAGAAGCUUGAUGCACUACCAAGGCCGCCUUCUACGGAGCCAACACCGCCGCCGCCAGAGCCUACACCGAAACGUGCGCGCCCCGGGAAGAAGGACAACGCGUCAACGACGCGUAUCACCCUCCGACUGGAUAACCCCAAACGCAGUCACAAGAAGAAGGCGCGCCGCUCAGGUGUGGCGGCGGAUCAUUUGGCGGGCUUCAACCCUGACUCCCCUAUCGCCAGUACCGAACAGUCAGAUGCCGAAGAUUUGGAUAUUAUUCCCCCCAAGCCUGCCAGGCCGUCAAAGAAGGAUAAAGCACGCCGCCCUAGCUCGGGAGUGGGAGUCUCUACAAGCAACGCGCUUGCAUUGCUCAAACCUCCUCCUGCGGAUGCGAAGGUCGGAAGCGAACACAUGCCGUGGAUCCGUUUGACGGAGUGGGAGAUGACCAAGCUACGGAAAAAGAUGAAAAAGAACGCCGUUUGGCAACCCAGCGAGGUCAUGGUUUGGCGUGAGCUUGCACUUUCUGGCCGUGGCUGGGAUGCCUAUAAGGAGGCCAAGGCAUUGGCUGAGCGGACCGGCGCGGAAUUCACUGAUUGCGACAACCUCGAGGAGACCUACCGCGGUGAGAAGGGGGGCAAUUUGGAAGAGACCAAGAUAAGCAACCGCGGUAUGAAGUUGAACGAAGCCAAGAAGUUAAAACGCGAACAAUUGGCACGGGAGGCAGCAAUGAACGGCGGAGAAACUCCGGUGAAAUCUUCCGUCCAAGCUACCCCAGCGAAUCGCUCGUCGCGCAAGAGGAAGCGGGAGGAGGUUGUUGUCGAGGAAGAGGAUGAAUUGGAAGAAGUCAUUGCGCCUGAGCCCGCUCCAGAUCCAGCCCCUCCGAGGUCACACAAGCGCCGCAGAUCAAGCCGUGGAGCUGCUACCACUGCUCCGGGAGAAGCGACCAGUGGUCCCGUUUCUGCAAUCGCAACUCGAACAUCACCGGCCGAAACCAAAGUAGAACCUGCUUUGGCCUCGCCUAAUGAAUCCCGUCCUUCCACUCGAUCGGCUGGAAAGCCAACCGGAACACCCACCCCACCUGCGACGCGACCCUCGUCAAGGCGCUCUGCUGCUGCCGCAUCGAUUGAACUAGGUGGUCUAGGCGGUCUCCCCACCACCGCACCCGUCGGGCGAGAUCUUCGCAUUAAGAGUGCGACACCCGCUCGCAAAACGCCAAUUCGGGAGGCAUCGCAUGCGCCAAGCCUCCCUGCGCCAGCUAGGAAGCGCAAGCGACCCGCUCCAGGACCCGUCUCAAAUGGCCAGGAUGGCGGCGCGGCUGUUAGUUACGGUCGACGCAAGGCCAAGCCGGGCAAGAAACAAAUCAGCAUUCGAGACUCACAAGACGUUCGGAUCGAUGAAGAUGGUGUGGUAGAGGAGAUCGAUGCAAAUGAGCCUCGGUAUUGUAUCUGCGGAGAUGUGAGUUUUGGCACGAUGAUUUGCUGCGAGAAUCCAGAUUGUGAUCGCGAAUGGUUCCACCUGGACUGUGUUGGUCUAUCGGAGGUUCCCUCGCGCACGGCUAAAUGGUAUUGUCCCAACUGCCGCGUUAGGUUUCACAAAGGAGCAGACGGCAUCGUCAGGGGAGGACGUCGUUGA